UUUUGAAAGAGAAGGUUUUGUAACAUUUAUUCUAAAUCGAUAAUAAUAACAAGUCAUGAUGUGAAGGAGUUUAUUUUAAUGUUACAGUUCAUUAAUAGUAGAAUAGUUGUAGUUAAUUAAGUUUAAAAUGGUUUUCGUUUUUUUUAAGUUUACAAGUUUUUGUUUGAUUUAUAUUCUCUUUAACAAUGAAUUCAGCAUUAAGUGAAUAUACUAAGAAAAAGAAUUACGUUUAUUUACUGCGAUCACAUAAUUUUAAAUUUAAAGGUAGAAUUUAUAUUGGUUUUACAGUCAAUCCUAAUAGAAGAUUAAAACAACAUAAUGCUGGUGCUGCAUAUGGAGGUGCUAAUAAAACUAAUCAAAAGGGUCCUUGGGAAAUGAUGUUAGUAAUUGAUGGGUUUCCCCAUGAAAUAUUAGCUCUGAGGUUUGAAUGGGCUUGGCAACAUCCUUAUCUCUCUCGAAAAUUGAAACAUUUACAAAAAAAGAAAUCCAAUGAAUCUCAUUUGCAAUACCACUUACGUGUCCUUAAUAAAAUGUUGCAAAUUGGACCUUGGAAGCGUUUACCAAUUCAUGUUCAAUGGUUAAAUGAAACUGCAAUGACAGAAAUUGAUCAAAGUUCUUUUCUAUACUCCAUCUCUUAUGCAAGUGAGAUUCCAGGAAUGUGUUCAAUAAAACCUACCCCUAUUCCAGAAAAGUCACCUCUACCAAUAAAUUCAUCGUUGUGCUUUUCCUGUGAUCAAUUUAUUUGCAGCCCAAGGAAUGUAAUUUGUCCAAUGUUUUUAUGCAAUAAGAAUUACCAUGUUGAAUGUCUUGCUAAACAUUUCUUAGUAAAUGAGUCUGAAGUAAUUCCUCUAAAAGGCCAUUGUCCAUCAUGCAAAACAGAUUUGUUGUGGUGUGAUGUUAUAGCCGCUAAUGAUUUUACUUUGUAAAUUCACUUAUGAAGUUUUUAUUUGAAUUCCUUUUAAAGGAAUAUAAAUUCCUUUUAAAGGAAUAUAAAUUUAUCAUAACUAGUCAGAAUAAAUUUAUCAAAAAAAAAAUAAAAGUGAAGAUUAAGUUUACUAAUUGAAAAUGCCUUACUAAAUUAAACUUUUUUCCUUGUU